AUGCCCGUCACAACAUUCGACUUUGACGAGAAGUACCGCUACCAGGUCGGCUUCGACUCCCAUCUCGAAUCCGAAGCCGUCCCCGGAUCUCUCCCUAUCGGCCAGAACUCGCCACAAAAACCGCCUCACGGCCUCUACGCCGAGAAGCUCUCAGGCACAGCCUUCACGGCGCCUCGGCACGACAACAAGCAGGCCUGGCUCUACCGCAUCCUCCCCUCGUGCGCCCACCCGCCCUACACGCCCACCUCGGCCCCGUCGCCCGAGACCCAGGCCCAACCCUCGAAGCUGCGCUACAUCCCUAACCAGCUGCGCUGGGAUCCCUUCGACCACGAUGACGCCAAGCACUGGGACUUCGUCGCCGGCAUGCGCCUCGUCGCCGGCGCCGGCGACCCGACCCUGAAGCAGGGCAUCGGCAUGUAUGUCUACGCCGCUGGCAGGAGCAUGGACGACACCGCCGCCUUCUACUCGGCCGACGGCGACUUGUUGAUCGUCCCACAAGAAGGCCCGCUCGAUAUCCGCACCGAGUUCGGCUGGCUCCUCGUCCGCCCCCUCGAGAUCGCCGUCAUCCCCCGCGGCGUCAAGUACCAGGUCCGCCUCCCCUCCGGCCCGGCGAGGGGCUACGCCCUCGAGCUGUACCAGGGCCACUUCACCCUGCCCGAGCUGGGACCCAUCGGCACCAACGGUCUCGCCAACGCCCGCGACUUCCAGGUGCCCGUGGCCUGCUUCUCCGAGGACUUUGGCGCCACGGCCCACGAGGGCGGCGACGGCGACAACACCUACACCGUCACCGUCAAGUUCAACAACGACUACUUCGAGACCAAGCAGCGCCACACCCCCUUCGACGUCGUCGCCUGGCACGGCAACUACUACCCCUACAAGUACGACCUCGGCCGCUUCAACACCAUCGGCACCAUCUCGUACGACCACCCUGACCCGUCCAUCUUCACCGUCCUCUCGGCGCCCUCGGGCGUGCCCGGCACCGCCAUCGCCGACUUCGUCAUCUUCCCGCCGCGCUGGCUCGUCGCCGAGGACACCUUCCGCCCGCCCUACUACCACCGUAACACCAUGUCCGAGUUCAUGGGCCUCAUCACCGGCGGCUACGACGCCAAGCGCGGCGGCUCCGGCGGCUUCGUCCCCGGCGGCGCGAGCCUGCACAACACCAUGAGCGGCCACGGCCCGGACGCCGAGAGCGCCGAGGGCGCGCGCAACGCCGCCGACCUGAAGCCGGCCAAGGUUGGCGCCGGCAGCUGUGCCUUCAUGUUCGAGAGCUGUGCCAUGGUCGGCGUCACCGAGUGGGGGCUGCGGACGUGCAAGAAGGUACAGGAGGGCUACAGCGAGGAGAGCUGGGGCGGCGUGCCGGUGCACUGGACGAGGCCCGAGGGGGCGUCAUCCGAAGGCCAUUUGUUGAAAUGA